AUGGCCGACGCAGAAGCCUCGCUUCUCGAGUACCUCGAGUCCCCGCAGCUCAACUGCCUCAACGAGGCGCCACAGCACACCCUCAAGGGCAUCCUCGCGGACAAGAAGAAGAACACGGGCAGCGCGUACCUGCAGAGCGACGCCGACGAGCAGCUCCUGCUCAACAUCCCCUUCAACCAGACGGUCAAGAUCCGCGCGAUCGCGCUGCAGACGGCGGAGGUCGCCCGCGGCCCGAGGACGGUGCGGCUGCUGAUCAACCGGCCGUCGCUGAGCUUCGAGGACGGCGAGGAGGCGAGCGCGGUCGUGCAGGAGCUCGAGCUCUCGGAGGCGGACGUCCGGGAGGGCAGGAAGGUCCCGCUCCGGUUCGUGCGCUUCCAGUCGGUGACGAGUCUGCAUGCGUUUGUGGUGUCGAACCAGGGAGGCGAGGACGAGACGCGUGUUGACGCGAUCGACGUCUUUGGGAUGCCCGUCAUGGGAACGAGAGACGUGAGCGGGCUGAAGAAGGUCGAAGAUGAAUGA